AUGGCUCUAUCGUCCACCUCGGCCGUCGCGCGCCAACUCGCCGCCGCUCGAGUGUCCACAUUCACUGCAUCCUCCUCCCAAAUCCGCACACACCACGUGCCCUCACGCAACCCUCUAGCAUCACUUUCUCCGUCCACGUCUCCGCGCGGUCCUUACACCGACGCUCGGCAGAAUAUCCGCGUUACAAGCAUCUCGUCGAACUCGCUACCUUUAUCCCGCCGUGCGCGCAGUAGUGGCAGUUCAGCAGCAGCGAUCACCUUUUCCAGUCGCGCAGAUCGAUCGCUGCGCUCCGUCGAUCGUCGGCCGCCCUUUUCCCCUCCGGCUGGCAGGAGGUUGCCAGCUCAGCAACUCGGUAUCCGAGCUGUUAACUCAGCACCUGGAGACAGCGCUUCCAGAAGUAGCAGCAACUUCAGCGGAGGGAGAGCAGGAAGCUUCACAGAAAGUGCAGGCCGAGUGGAAGAGGAAGCAAAGAGCACAGCAGAGGCAGCGGGCAGUGAGGCAGAGGGUACGAAGGGGGUAAGGGGAGAGGCGGCGGCAGCAGCAGCGCGGGCAGCAGCGGAGGCGAAUCUUCCCAGGAUGUUCUUCUCGUCUGUGAGCGUGGACCGCGCCGGGCAGCACAGGAAUGACUCUGCCUGGCUCAAGGCGGCUCUUGGCAAGCCAACCACCGUGGUCAUCCCAUGGAGCCAUGGUCGCUCGUUAAUCAAGGAUGGCCGGGCGGUCCUUGCGUCGCCUGCUGACAUCAUCAUCAACCCCGCCAUCACUAGGCCCGCUGCCGCUGCUGCUGCUGCUGGCUCUGAUGGCGCUGCUGACGCUGCUGCUCCUGGUGCUCCUGGUUCCGCGGAUGCUGCCAGCAGCAGUGCCAGUGCAAGGGGCACAGGAGUGGAGCCGUUUUGCUUCCUGGGGCUCCUCAUGCCGUCAGGCCAUGCUGCCUUUACUGUUGCUGUCGAGUCUCCCCCAUCACCAACCCAGGACCCCUCUGCCGCGCCCCUCCCUGCUUACACCCCCCCUGAGGGCGCGCAGUGGGUGUCUCUGCGCGCCCAGGGGCCAACGCUGCCCGCCUUUGAUGCGGGGCUGCUGGCAUACGCCAACGGGCUCAUGGACUGGCACAGCCGGCAGUGCUUUUGUUCGCAGUGUGCGGCGCCUCUCAUCCCAGCAGAGGGGGGCUACGCCAGGCGCUGCACCAACUCCUUCCCCCCUCCUGCCCUGCCUGCUGCCGCCGUGCCUCCAGCCCCUGCUGCUGCUGCUGGGCUGGUAACAGCAACGGAUAGCAAUGGCACAGCACAGCCCUCAUCACUCUCGCCACCACCACUGCCUGGUGGGAAGCCCAAGUGCUCCUCGUCCAUCAUCUUCCCCCGCCUCGACCCGGCAGUGAUCAUGUGUGUCUCGUGGGGCGACUACGUGCUGCUGGGCCGGCAGUCGCGCUGGCCACAGGGCCGCUACUCAGUGCUGGCGGGGUUCGUGGAGGUGGGGGAGGCGCUUGAGAUGGCGGUGGUGCGCGAGGUGUGGGAGGAGGCACGCGUGCACGUCGACCCCGACACCGUCAGAUACCACGCGAGCCAGCCAUGGCCCUUCCCCUCCUCCCUAAUGGUCGCCUUCACAGCGCAAGCCCUGCCCUCCGGCCCACCUGCCAUGGCCCUGUCACAGCCGGACUACGGGCUGACAGGGGAGGAGAGGGGCGCGGCCCUGGUGCCGUGGCAGCAGCUGCCUGUGGUGCGCACCGACACCAACGAGCUGGAGGAUGCACGCUGGUUCCACCGGGACUUCAUUAGAGCGCUCCUCAGCGACUCCUCAUGCAACACCUGGCUGCAGCCGCCGCCUGCUGCCACCCCUGCACCGCCCGCACAGCCGUCUGGCGCCACGUGGGCCUUUCCCCCUCUCCCCCGCUCUGCUGUUGCCGUCCCUGGCCCCCAUGCCAUCGCCCACUCGCUGCUGGCGGGGUGGGCCAUGGGGGAUGGGGGAGGGGUGGGUGGGGAGGGAGUGGAGGGGAAGGAGGGUGUGGAGGAUGGGGACUGGCCUGGAGAAAGGGUGCCUGACGUGGACAUUGACACAGGUGACGUGGAUAUUGACACAGGUGACGUGGAUAUUGGCACAGGUGACGUGGAUAUUGGCACAGGUGACGUGGAUAUUGCACACUUGGACAUCGUGCCACACACCACCAAGAUCCCUUGUCCGCACCACCCAUGCCUGCUGUCAUCGUGCCCUUGCUCCUACUCCACACUCGCCCUCUGCCAGCCAGCCGUGCUUUCAUGGCUGCAUCAUUCAACAGAGUGA